CACACCCAGACGAAGAAGAAGCAGCGCUGUCAUGGCGGCCAAGGCGGUGAUGGUGGCCGUCCCGACGGUGCUGGGUGUUGCCUCCAUCCGUGUUUACAGAGUCAGGGAUGCAUCUGCUGAUGGCAUUACUCGAGAAAAGCUGACUAUCUACAGCCCACUGGAGCAGUCCACUCAGGUCCAGUUUGUCACAGAGAAGCCUGGACUUAUUGAAAGUGGGUUCAGUGCCACAAGGGAGGCAGUACUCCCAUUUAUCCAGGCUGUAAAGGGUGCCUGUGUUUCUGUGAAAAGAGGAAGUGUAAAUCUGUACCAUGCAGGAGAGGAUGUGUACUAUUACUUGAAAGACCCUCCACCGGACUUCAUACCCAGAUUUGGCACCAUCACCAUGGCGGGCCUGCUUGGCAUGUUCUUGGCACGGAAAGGUUCACGUGGGAAGAGGGUGGCACUUCCUCUGGGCCUGAUGAGUGCAGGAGCAUCGGUGUGCUACCCCGCCCAGGCAGUGGCUCUGUUUAAGGUUACAGGUAAGAAGGUGUAUGCUGCCGGGCAGUGGAGCGGCGCCGCCGUGUCCUCACUGUUUACCCCCAAGGCUGAGGAACAUGUACCCAAAGAGAUCAUUGCAUCACAGUCACAGGUUGCGACAGGGCCUGCUGUAGUUGAGGAGGUUGUGUCUGGGUCUAACCCUGCCUCAGAGUCCAACGCAUCAAAAGACAGCUCAGCCCAAAGCUCUACGAUCUCUGAAGCAGAUGUGGAAUCUGCAGGGUCUUUUCCUGUCCAGGUAGAAGAAGCCAUUGUAACAGUAGAGGAAUCAUCAGGAACGCUCACAGAGACUUCACCUGACCAGAUGCCUCCUGACACCAGCACAGAGUCUGUGGUGAACUCUGUGGCAUCAGAGACAGAGACCUGCCCUCCGUCUGAGGAACUACCUGCCCCUGUCGAGAGUGAGAAGCCCUUGGACUCAACACAGACACCAGGGGACGUGCCCACCGACGCCAGCCCGGCUGAACCCAUGCCGGGCUCAGGACCAGAUACAGCACAGUCUAGUCCAACCGAAGCUGUUCCCUCCACUGAGGAGCCAUCUGCUGCCACAGACCAGCCAGCAGAGGCGGUUGCUGAAUCAGCUGGACCAGAAUUAGCUGUCGAGCCACCAGUGGCUCCUGUGGAGGAGACCUCGACACUCACACCACCACCUCCUGAACAGCCCACAGCAGAAGACAACAAAGAAGUGGUUGUUGAAUCAGCUGAACCAGAACCAGAGUUAGCCGUUGAGCCUCCAGUGGCUCCUGUGGAGGAGCCUUCGACACUCACACCACCAGCUCCUGAACAGCCCACAGCAGAAGACAACAAAGAGGCAGUAGCAGAAUCAGCUGAACCAGAACCAGAGGUAGCUUCCGAGCCACCGGUUGUUCCUGUGGAGGAGCCUUCGACACUCACACCACCAGCUCCUGAACAGCCCACAGCAGAAGACAACAAAGAGGCAGUUAUUGAAUCGAUUGAACCAGAACCAGAGUUAGCCGUUGAGCCAUCAGUGGCUCCUGUGGAGGAACCUUCGACACUCACACCACCAGCUCCUGAACAGCCCACAGCAGGAGACAACAAAGAGGCAGUAGCAGAAUCAGCUGAACCAGAACCAGAGGUAGCUUCCGAGCCACCGGUUGUUCCUGUGGAGGAGCCUUCGACACUCACACCACCAGCUCCUGAACAGCCCAAAGACGACAACAAAGAGGCCGUAGCAGAAUCAGCUGAACCAGAACCAGAGGUAGCUGCCGAGCCACCAGUUGUUCCUGUGGAGGAGCCCUCCGUGGUCAGCCCACCGCCCCCUGAACAGCCCACAGCAGAAGACAACAAAGGUACCAUAGAGGCAGUUGCUGAAGCGGCAGAACCAGAGCCAGAGUCACCAGUUGCUCCUGUGGAGGAGCCCGUGACCCUUACACCACCUCCUGAACAGCCCGCAGCAGAAGACAACAAAGAGACUGUUGUCGAAUCUACUGAAGCAGAACCUGUAGCUCCUGUGGAGGAGACCUCGACACUUCCACCACCACCUCCUGAACAGCCUGCAGCAGAAGACAACAAAGGGGGCUCUGGCUUCAAACCAGACCCUGCUCUCAUGGACUUCGGCCAGGCCAGCCCCGAGGAUCAAGACCUGUACACCACACGAAGCUGAGAGACGACAGACAGCCACAGGAGAAGCCUCAUUACCAUCACACUGCCAUCCCAUACCUCAUUCAAACACUGCGCAUCCUGGAACUGUCAUUAUACACCGUGUAAAUAAGCCAUUUUGUAAGCGAGCAUAGUUUGGGAGUCUUUCAUCAGUGUUUCCAUUUUAUCUGCCCACAUCUCUCAGUCACAUUUCCUCAGAAAAGGUCUUUGUACAUAUGCGCAGCAGAAGUGCAAUAAAUUCCAGUAAACGAGUUGACAUCAGUUUUGGUAGAAGAACAAGGACCAGGGAAAAUAAAACAAAACAAAAAAAAAAAACACGCUCACUGCUGUUUUUAAUUGGCAGAUGGCGAAUUGGCAGAUUUCUCAUGUCUGUGUCGCUAAACAAUUACUGGCUUUUGUGCUGCAGCUUUCACAAUCAGGGUGCUCUUAUUUAUUGUAAUAAAGCCCAGUUCGUCCGUAAGCUGGAAACACUGCACAUGUGCUGGUUGUUGGGCUAGUUCCAUUUUGUUAAAAAAAAAAAAAGAAAUGUCUGUUGAUUUAGCAACCCAAAAAUAAAUCUAUAUUUUUCUCAAA